AUGGCUUGCAGAAAUUUGAGCCGCGAUUCCUAUCGCGUGGGAUGGAUCUGUCCCCUGGAGGUUGAACAAAUCGCAGCAAUGGAGAUGUUGGACGAGGAGCAUCAACCUCUACCGCAACCGAGUGGGGACACAAACGUUUACAAUCUCGGCAGCAUCAACGGCCAUAACGUUGUCAUCGCCGGCCUUCCCCGGGUAGGGAACUGCUCCGCGGCCACAGUUGUCACUCAAAUGAAGAUGACAUUCCCAAACACCAAAUACGGCCUGCUAGUAGGUAUCGGGGGCGGCGUACCGGUUGAAACAGAGCAUGGGAUGAUUCGUCUGGGACAUGUGGUGGUCAGCGAACCUACAGGUACACACUCCGGAGCGAUACAAUACGACCAUGGAAAGGCGAAGAUGGGCCAGUUCGAGCGUAAAGGUUUCCUUCCACCACCGCCGACUGUCCUUCUCAAUGCUGCGCGAGAGGUGGCUGUUCGACGUCAACGGAUGGAUUACGAUCCCGUUUGGAAGAAUCUAGAAAGGAUUCGGGUUGAUCGUCAAAUACAUCGUCGCUUCAAGUUUCCUGGCGCUGCAAAUGACCAUCUCUACACGGCAGACUAUGAACAUCGGCAAGAAGGGGUGUCGUGUGAAGAUGGUGGAUGCAACGGGAACUAUCGGAUUAAACGGCUGGUUAGCGAAGAAUACAAUCCCGUUGUCGUUGUACAUAGAGGUACAGUUGCCUCGGGCGAAAUGGUGGUUAAAGAUGCUAGGAAGAGAGACAAACUGGCAAAGCAGCAUGGGGUGCUAUGCUUCGAAAUGGAGGCAGUUGGGGUCCUGACUGAUUUCCCGUUCAUGGUUAUACGAGGCAUCUCCGACUAUUGCGAUUCUCAUAAGAACGAUGUGUGGCAUGGCUAUGCAGCGGCAGUAGCAGCCGCCUAUGCAAGAGAGCUCUUCUUUCACAUGUCUAUCGAAGAGCCACAAUUGUGGGUUUCUCAAUGUUAUAAUGUUCAGUGGAAACAGGGUUACGUACAUAACUUGCUGAUGCAUCUUUUUAGAAAUCCUAAUCCAGCGCUUAUCACUUUCGAGCUUCCUUUCAACUUGUCUGCAACGUCCGCAGUAAAUCAAUUCGUUGCAAGAGAGGACGAACUCGCAAAAUUGCAAGAAGUUCUGACGGGGCCUGUCGGGCGCCGUACUGCUGUAGUCCAGGGACUGGGCGGUAUUGGCAAGACGCAGCUCGUGCUUGCACAUAUCAAGCGACAUCGCUCUGGCUACUCGGCGGCAAUAUGGAUGAACGCGAGCGACGAAAUUACGUUAAAGCAAAGCUUUGCUCAGACAGCCGAGUGGAUUCAAUCCCAUUGUCCGUCCAUCACGUACAUGGCAGGAGCCUUGGAAAGUCAGGACCUAGACGAGACGGUGAAAGCAGUCAAACGAUGGUUGAAUGAACCGAUGAAUGACCGCUGGUUAGUUGUCUAUGACAAUUAUGAUAAUCCACUGUUGCGCAACUUUAAGAGGAAAACCCCUAGCCAUGCGUCCUAUAUCGAAGCAACUUCAUGUGGCGAUGAAAGCGAAGACCUUGCGAAGGCUUUUGAUCUUCGCACAUUUCUACCUGAAACUGACCAUGGUGCUAUCAUUGUGACCACACGUUCAUCUAUGGUGAAGCUAGGUCAAACUGUCCGCCUAAGCAAGCUGCAAGAUAUCAACGAUAGUCUUAAACUUCUGGAGUCUGUUUCUAGUCGCGGUGGUUUAAACCAAGACCCAGCUGCCAUUGAUCUUGCAAAGGAGCUCGAUGGGCUUCCCCUAGCUCUUGCUACUGCCGGUGCAUACUUAGAGCAAGUGUCGAUAAGCUACACUGAGUAUCUCCAGUUGUACCGUGAAUCAUGGCGGCAAUUGCACGAAGCAACGCCGCAACUUCCGACGUACGAUCAGACGCUAUUCUCAACGUGGGACGUCUCGUACCAGUAUAUUCGGCAGCAGAGUUCAGUCGCAGCUAUGCUUCUCCACCAAUGGGCCUACUUCGCCAAAGAAGAUCUAUGGUAUGAGCUACUUGAGGGUGCUGGACCGCAAAAGCCGGAGUGGCUAAGAGAACUCAUGAAGGACAAGCUCACAUUCCAUGCAACUAUGAGGCUUUUGUGCAGCCAUGGACUCGUGGAAGCAAAUCCACCCAUGAGAUCGCAUACUACGGAGUCAGGAGGGUAUAGCGUGCACGCAUGUGUCCAUUCAUGGAUGCUUUAUGUGCUGAAUCAAGGGGUGGAUAAUGGUAUGGCUUGGACAGCAAUUAAAUGUGUGGCAGCGCGGGUGCCGGAGCGAAGCAAACGCGAAUAUUGGAUCAUUCAGCGGCGGCUUAUUGCACAUGCAGAUAGAUGCCUGAAGACAUUCGGCGAGACCGAAGUUGGAGGUGAAAUCGCGAGAGCUCUGUAUUCUUUCAGCCUGCUCUACUUGUACCAAGGCCGCCUCCGGGAGGCAGAAGCGAUAUGCAAACGAGCACUGGCAGGUGACGAGAACCUGUGGGGACCAGACGACAUAUGGACGUUGAGUCUCGUGAACAACCUCGGCAACAUUUAUGAAAAUCAGGGAAGGCCCCAAGAGGCAGAAUCAAUGUACAAACGCGCCCUGGAAGGUUACGAGAAGGUGUGGGGAGGAGACUCUCCACUCGUACUUGAUAUUGUCAAUAACCUCGGGGUGCUUUACACAAACCAAGGCCUGCUUCAGGAAGCCGAGGAAAUGUACGAGCGCGCCCUGCAGGGCAAUCACAAGGCCUGGGAACAAGACGAUACAUCAAUAUUAGAUACUGUUAAUAACCUCGGAACACUUUAUGCGAGCCAAGGUCGAUUCCAAGACGCAGAGGCGAUGUACCAACAAGCCCUGGAAGGCUACGAGAAGGCCUGUGGACGAGAGCACACAUCAACACUAGUCGCCGUUAACAACUUGGGUAAUUUGUAUACAACUCAAGGUCGGCUUCAAGAGGCAGAGGCGAUGCACGAGCGAGCGCUAGAAGGAAGGGAAAAGGCUUGGGGACGAGAGCAUACAUCGACGUUAGAAAGUGUCAAUAAUCUCGGUCUCCUUUACAUGGAACAGGGCCGACUCCAAGAAGCAGAAGCAAUGUACACGCGAGCACUCGAAGGUAAAGAGGUUACGUUGGGGCUGGAGCAUACAUCAACCCUAGCUACCAUCAACAACAUCGGUCUUCUAUGUGUACAUCAAGGUCGAUUCCAACAUGCAGAGGCGAUGUAUAAACGAGCCCUGGAAGGCUACGAGAAGGCGUCGGGGACCUCGAUUUUGACUUACAUCCCUGCCUUGGACACAAUUGAGAACCUCGGCAUUCUAUGUGAGAAGCAGGGAGAUAUUGAUAAUGCAAUACUGUAUUAUCAGCGAGCGCGAGCUGGCACUGAGACUGUUUUUGGGCGAAAUAGUGCAAGAUAUGCCCAGCUGUCUACUCGAAUACGGUCGUUGCAGUGUGAAAGUCGUGAAAUUCGUGAAACAUCCGGUCAAGAGAUCAUUCAAAGCGAACAAACUCCCUUGGAGAAAAAGUGGAGGAGCUUCAGAGCGAAACUAUCCCAUAGGUUCAGGUCUUGA